AUGGCCCGUCUCAAAGGCGUGGCCCUUUUUGGGCUGACUUUGUGCCUAUCAGGACAUAUUAGAAGCGUCAUUGCUGACUGUUCUAAUGAGGAGACUUCGACAAUAACCGAGGCGACCCAAGUAUCGAGCCUUGCGGCAUCAUGUCCAACCUACACCGGCGACCUCAAUCUUAUCAACGUUACGGAAACCAUCAACAUGACAGGGAUCGAGACUGUCAUUGGCGAUAUCAAGUACAGCAACGAUUUCCCAGACGAUUACGUUACAUUCUACAGCUCGACCCUCAAAAACGUCACUGGCGACCUCCUCAUGUACGGUGCCGGGGGAAAGGUUACCAAGACCCCUGGAGACUUGAACAUAACGCUUCCUGCUCUUCGAAUCAUCGGUGGGCUGGCUGCUUACUGGGGAUGGGGUGACGUGUCGAUCAAUACGGAUCCGAAGCUCAACAUGUUGUCAGGGUUCGUGAUCAAAUCUGGGGCAAGCCAGUCUUGGGCGGGUAAUCUGUACCUCAAUGUUACUUCUGUCUGGAGUAUUGACGUUUCGGGUGUCGAGUUUCAGGCCACUGGCGGAGCGCUUUUCACCUCAUCUGCGCAGGAGGUCACAAGCGGGAUCGGAAUCUGGGGAAGUAGUGGCCUAGAGCGUGUCUUGUUGGACAAUCUCAAGUUUGUCAACUAUACAGUGGACAUCACAAGUAACCCGGACCUCGAUUACAUCUCUUUAUCACUCCCCGAAGUCGGUUUGCUUCGCGUCACGGAAAAUGGAAGAGAUACGCAUUUGUCAGUGCCCAAUCUGAAGAAGCUUGGAGGUCGCAGCGAUCAUUCAAGUUAUACCAGCGGCGGGGACGCUGGUGGUAUCUUCAGGGAUCUCGUCAACGCCAGCCUACCUUCCUUGACUGAGGUUCACGGCGAUGAUGUGGAUUGGUUCAAGGGCAAGCUCAACUUUACAUCCAACUUCUUCACGGAACUGAGUCUACCAAGUCUCAGGACGGCAAACUGCACGCUUGGCAUUGAUGAGAAUAUUGCGCUCAACGACUUUUCGAUACCAAGGCUUAACUAUGUCAAGGACCUGCAGAUACACGACAACCCCCGCCUUCUCAACUUUACGGCCAAUAUGCUGAAGAAGGCAGAUAACAUCAACAUGACCGGGCCAUUUACCAACGUUGAGUUCUUCGGUCUUGAGGUCAUUACGGGAGAUUUCUACCUGGCCGGUGAUAGGACUAUGGAUUGUUCUUGGUUCGAUGAACACUUCCUCAAUGAUAUUGUCCAGGGAUCAUACAAGUGCGUUGGCAACCAUACCAAGCCUGCCACUGAGCGCAAGCCCAGCACACCGACCGAUGAGGCAGAUCUUCGGGACAAAGAAUCAGAGCAACGGGGAAGUUCAUCGAGUGGAGGUGAAGAAGGAUCCGGCUCUGGGAGUGAUAGUGGACUGUCAACCGGCGCCAAAGCAGGCAUAGGUGCGGGGGUUGGUGUCGCAGGCCUUAUCCUUCUCGGUCUUGGAGCUGGGUUCUUAAUUGGCAAGAAGACGAAGAGAUCGCCUGGUGCAAUAGCUCACACUAGCGACUCUGGGUAUCAGAAGGCUGAACUCGAUGGAGAUGCUAAGCCAUCUGGGGGUGUGAAAGAGCCGCAUAGUGUAGAAGCUUCCGAGAUGCAAGACACGGGCAAGUCUGAGUUACCAGUGAAUCAAGUGAGAGCCGAGUUGGCAGGAUAAAGCCCGACGAUCCUAGAAACCUUGAAGACUCCAUUACUUACGAGAAGACAAUUUUUUAAUAGCCUGGAUGGCGCGC